CUCCGGGACACGCCGGCGGCGGCGGGCGCGGGGCAGGAGGAGUGCAUGAGCGGCCCGGCGCCAAACCCACCGCGCCUCUGCCAAGGAUCUCCUGCCUCCUGGACCUACGCGUGCCGGAUCCAGCCAGCCAACAAGGCUUCCAUCCAUGGCGCAAGGGCAGUAGCCGCCCACCAUUAAAAGAAGCAGCAGCAGAGAGAGAAACCUCAGGACGCUACAAAUACCACUCCUCCCUCGUACCUCUCGCUCGCUCCCUCCUCCUCCACCCGGGCCCGUCGCACACACAGACACAGCAACCCAUCCAUUCUUUCUCACCCGGGUCCGUGUGGUCUGUUUUGCAAGGCCGGAGAGAAGCAUGAUGAGGCGGCGGCCGGGCGCGCUGUGGGCGGGCGCCCUGGUGGCGGUGCUGGCGCUGCUGGCGGCGUGCACGGCGGCGGCGGCGGCGACCAUCACGCGGCGGCAACACCAGCGCGGCGCGUCGGCGGCGGCGGCGGCGUGCGACGCGUUCGCGGCGGGGCGGUGGGUGUGGGACGCGUCGUACCCGCUGUACGACGCGGCGCGGUGCCCCUUCAUCCGCGACGAGUUCGCGUGCGCCCGCUUCGGGCGCCCGGACACGGCGUACCUCAAGUACCGGUGGCAGCCGGAGCCGCCGUGCGCGCAGCCCCGGUUCGACGGGCUGGCGCUGCUCCGGAUGUGGGGCGGCAGGACGGUGAUGUUCGUGGGCGACUCGCUGGCGCUGAACCAGUACGAGUCGCUGCUGUGCAUGCUCCACGCCGCGGCGCCGGGCGCCCGGACCACCGCCUCGCCGGCGUCGGGGAAGAUCGACCCCUCCUACACCGUCCGCUUCGAGGACUACAACGUGACGCUGGUGUACUACCUGACGCACUACCUGGUGGACCUGGUGCCCGAGAAGGCCGGGCGCGUCCUCAAGCUCGACGCCAUCGACCAGGCCCGCAACUGGCUCGGCGCCGACGUGCUCGUCUUCGACUCGUGGCACUGGUGGCCGCGCACCGGCCCCACGCAGCCCUGGGACUUGAUCCAGGAGGGGAGCACCGUGGUGAGGGACAUGGACCGCACCAGGGCCUUCACCAAGGCCCUGCACACCUGGGCCGCCUGGGUCGACGCCAACCUCCUCCACACCGACACCAAGGUCUUCUUCCAGGGAAUCUCGCCAUCGCACUACAGGGGCCAGGACUGGGGCGCGUCGCCGAAGAAGACGUGCAUGGGGGAGACGCGGCCGCUCAACGGCACGGGGCCGUACCCCGGCGGGCCGAUCCCGCAGCAGGCCAUCCUGCGGAGCGUGCUGGCCGGGAUGGCCAAGCCCGUCUACCUGCUUGACUUCACCUACCUCUCGCAGCUCAGGAAGGACGCGCACCCCACCAAGUACGACGGCGGCAUCUUCGCCGGCGACUGCACGCACUGGUGCGUCGCCGGACUGCCCGACACCUGGAACGUCCUCUUCUACGCCGCACUCACCGGACAGAUCUGAAUGAUCGCUCAACAAGACCUUUCCUUACUGCUAUUGGUAUUGGUUGUGAGCUACUAGGCGGCUGUAGCUCAAUAAUAAUUUAGUAAAGCAAAAAAGGACAGCAGAUUGAUUAAUUGUUAUAGGGCCGGUGUUAAAAGAUUUUCCACCCAAAAGGAAUAUUAUUAUAGAAAGAAUGUCAAAGGAAAAAAAACAGUGAUUAUAUAUAUCCUUUCUCUUGAAUUUA